CAAUUUUAUUUCAAAGGUGGAACAUUUCGAUCAAAAAUCACAAGUUAUGGAGACUUCCGUAAGGGAGAAGGUGCAUUCUGGGCAAAUGAUCAGUGUCUUGGAAGUUGUCCAGUUAUUUACGGCGGUCAGUACGAAAGUACAGUAGGUUUUGAACAGCACAGUUGCAGUAGUGAUCUACAGAACAGUAGCUACAUUGGAUUUUGGUGUGAAUGGGAUAAUGAAGGUGGUGCAAAAAUGAUGAUUGGUGGAGGAGGAAAUAAUUGCAAUAAUGCAGAUCAUGGUAUUGGAAUAAUCGAGGAAGCUAAACCAGGACCAGCCAAAGAGGAUCAUUAUGAUUUUGGUUAUGGUUCAGAUUACAAUCAGCCAUCAACAUAUUCACUUAACUUGUGGGUUCAAUGA